AACUUGUCAUGUUUCACCGACAUUUGCAGCGUUUACGGACCAAAGGGGAUGGACCACUGGUUGUCCAUUGCAGUGCGGGAAUAGGGAGAACAGGAACUUUGAUUGCAUUGGACGCCUUGUUGGAAGCAGGGAAGACGGCAGACGUGAUAGACAUACAUGGAUAUGUAAAAAUCAUGAGGAAUAAUCGAAUGAACAUGGUCCAAACUGUGAAUCAGUACAAAGCACUUCAUCUGGCUCUCUUAGAAGGCCUUAAUUUCCCGAACAGCCUUCAAACAAAGACAGAUUUCACUAGCUCCGAGGACAGCAACGUCUAUGAGAUCCCUGCCAACCAAACACAACGCAACAAGGAAUUCCAGACUCUUCAAGAUGUUAAUGCAAUCAGUGAGAAACGUUUGAAAUACGUUUUUGCCAAGUCUACAGAGAACAGGAACAAGAACCGCGACAUGGAUAUUCUACCAGGUACACAUCUAAUUAUUGAAGCAAGUACAGCUUACGAUUCCUCAACAGAUCACUAUAAGAAGUAA